CUCUUUUUUUUCUUGAGCGGCGCACAGGGACGUCACGUAGAUAGGUCUCGCACCACUCCUGUAAGUCCACACCAAGUUAACUAAAUUGGAAUACGGGGGGAAUAUUCACGACCGAGGUGGGUUUCUAGACUACCAGACAAAGCCGGGAAGGGGGAGAACGAGAAACGCCACAAACGCACUCCAUAAAUCGGAGGCAGUCAGCUACGUGACUGAAUUCUUCCCCCAGGCAGGCAACAGAUUGAAAACAUCAACAUGUCAGCAAUGAGUCGCAGCAUCGUGCGCACAAGUAAAUUCCGCCAUGUUUUCGGCCAAUCAGCGAAAGCAGAGCAAAGCUACGAUGACAUUCGUGUUUCCAAGGUGACGUGGGACAGCUCCUUCUGUGCCGUCAACCCCAAAUUUCUCGCCAUCAUUGUGGAGUCCAGUGGAGGGGGUUCCUUCCUGGUUCUUCCUCUCUCUAAGGUCGGGCGUGUGGACAAGAGCUACCCCAUGGUGGUUGGCCACUCAGGUCCAGUCUUGGACAUUGACUGGUGUCCCCACAAUGACAACAUAGUGGCCAGUGGCUCUGACGAUUGUACUGCUAUGGUUUGGCAGAUCCCCGAUCACACUCCUUCCCGCCCCAUCUCGGAUCCCAUCGUGGUUUUGGAGGGCCACUCCAAGCGCGUGGGCAUCGUGACCUGGCACCCCACUGCCCGUAACAUCCUCCUCACUGCUGGCAGUGAUAACCUGGUCAUCAUCUGGAACGUGGGCACGGGUGAGCCCCUCGUCACCAUGGAGGACCACCCGGACCUCAUCUACAACGUCAGCUGGAACCGCAACGGCAGCCUCUUCUGCACCACCUGCAAGGACCGCCGGCUCCGCGUCUGUGACCCCCGCAAGAGGGAGGUCGUGGCGGAGAGAUUGGCGCCUCAUGAGGGAAUCCGGCCGAUGCGUGCCAUCUUCACCAGGGAGGGUAACAUCUUCACCACGGGCUUCACCAGGAUGAGUCAGAGGGAGCUGGGCUUAUGGGAUCCGACAAACUUUGAAGAGCCCAUUGCACUAUUGGAGUUGGACACCAGCAACGGGGUGUUGUUGCCAUUCUAUGAUCCAGACACCAACCUGGUAUAUCUCUGUGGAAAGGGUGACAGUAGCAUUCGUUAUUUUGAGAUCACAGACGAGUCCCCGUACGUGCACUACCUCAGCACCUUCAGCAGCAAGGAGCCUCAGCGCGGCAUGGGCUUCAUGCCCAAGAGAGGGGUGGACGUCAGCAAGUGUGAGAUUGCCAGGUUAUAUAAACUCCACGAGAGGAAGUGUGAGCCCAUCAUGAUGACUGUUCCCAGGAAGUCGGAUCUCUUCCAGGAUGACCUGUUCCCUGACACGGCAGGCCCUGACCCGGCCUUGGAGCCGGAGGAGUGGCUAGAGGGGAGGGACGAAGACCCCAUCCUGGUGUCCAUGAGGGAUGGCUACGUCCCCCCGAAGAGCAGGGAGCUCAAGGUCUGCAAGAAGAACGUUCUAGACUCCAGGCCAACAACUCGCCGGAGCAUGUCUACCUCUGAUGGGAGCACCUUGCCGGUAACUUCUGUCUCCUUUAGUCAUUUCCACGGCAUGCCUUACGGUUUCCUUUCUUCGGCUUGUCUGUACAAACUUCUCUUUCUUCUUCCUCUUUUCUCACCAUGCUAUCCCUUGACUGUCUAUUUCCUCUCUUUCCACCUCUUGACCGUUGUCUCUGCCGUCUCUCGCUUCAUCCUCUCAUUAUCAUUCCGUCUUUGUUUCUUCUCUUCCUCCUCUUCUCUCUAUCUCUCCUCUUUAGCCUGACUUGUUGGAGAAGCUACUGGAGGAGAUUCAAAGCCUCAAGGCCACAGUGAUUGAUCAGGAGAAACGAAUCUGUGACUUAGAGGAUACGCUGUCACAGUACACCAAUGGCACAGUCUGACA